AUGUAUCAGUUUCCAACCAACCGGCCCCCGUCGCCGGUCGGGUUGUCCGCUUCCGCCCAGUCUUCUCCCAACCCCGGUCCCUUUCCGAGUACCUUCAGGUCAGCGGCGAUGCAACAUUUUCCGCCGCCGCCGCGGGAGAGUGCGCCGCGCUCACUUGCAAUUCAAUUUGCUCCUUUGAAACGCAACGUCCCUUUCCCUUGUUCAGGUCAGGAUCAGGCGGAUCCCCCUGAGCCGAGUCGGCGAAAUACCUCGAAAAGAAGGCCUCCGCGGAAGUUGGACAACGCGAAGUGCCAGAAGUGUCGAAUGGACAAAGUCAAGUGCAGUCCACAGCCGCGCGAGUGGCCCCAGAAAUGCGAUCGCUGCGCUGGCAAAGGGUUGCAAUGCUCGCCCAGCGUCGUCAAGCAACGGGCUAGAAAACAACCACGGUCAAGCCAGCUGACCGAAGCUGGAACCCCCUCACUUAGUCUUGAACCUGAGGCCAUAUCGGAGAGGAUCCUGGCGCCAUGUUCCACCAGCCUUGAGACCAUAGGGGUGAGUCCUGACGUCGUUGACUUUGCAUGGAGUGCUGAGGACGUGAUGAACAUCUUUGCUUUCAUCGAGCUAUUGGUCAAAGAAGAGGAUUUCUACCGUAAUCAGAUGGUAUCAGUUCGGAAGCUUUUCAACAUGUUGUCGCAUGGAGAGCGCUUUGGAUAUCAUCUAACACGACCGCCUACUUUUGACCAAUUUGUCAGCGGUCUACACACACCUAGUGAACUCAAAAAAGGAUUAUUCGAAGUUCUCAGCAUGCGACUAUGUCGUCUAAAAAUAGAUUCGCCGGAGGGAAAGCUAAUUGUGAGAGCAUUAAGUGCCCUACAGCGAGGCUCGGGACUCCUGGACCAGGUGUCAGACAAGACGGUUAGUGACAUUAUUAAAGAUCAUGCUGAUCGAGCCAAUGAAGCGGAGAGCGAUAUCGUCGCUGGGCUGAGGGCUUUUGCGGACAAAUUCGCAAGCGGACUGCAAAGACUGACCACUGGUUGUGGCCUCAGUCUAUGUUCAAACAGGGCUUCGAUAUCCGGGCCCAGUGUGAGGAGAUUGGUCCUGGCCUUGAUGCUUGGCUGUUUUCUUCGGCAACUGCUGCCAAUGUAUGGAUUACACUGGACCAAGGCCCAAGCCUGCAAUGUUGCCAAUUACGUCCGCGACGUCAUUGUUCGGUGCGACAAUAAGCAGGUUGUUAUCCCCAGAUCAUUUUGCACCCCCUAUUUUAGUGUCGAGUGGCUGUCAAACUUUUCCUUCCUUACCGACGCAGUCGGUUUCAAUGAGGCAGACAACCAUGGGCACACACUGCUACAUCUGGCUCUCCUGAGCGACGUUCCAUCCAUGGUGGUUGCGCACUUGUUGAACCUCGGAGCGGAUCCCAGUCAUAAGGCAACACGAACAGGGCACACUCUCUUUCACUAUGCAGCAGCAUGUAACGAUGAAGUAUCUUACAUGAAGUUGAAAUUACAUCAGAAAACAGCGUCUUCAGAAGAUACACGGGAUGCCGAAGGUCUUCUCCCUCUACAUCAUGCUGUUCGGGGAGAACCUCAUCUCGACAUCGUCAAAACCAUACUGGCGCACCACUCGGAGAAUCCAGGAUACGUCAACGAAGAGCAGUCAAACACUACAAGGACUGCUCUGUGGUUCGCUAUAAAUUCGACAAUCGAAGAUAUGGAGGCUCUCUCCAUCGUAGAGUACUUGGCCAGACACCCAGAAAUCGACUUCCUAGUCAAUCGCUCAGCCAAUGAAACAGUACUUCAUGUAGUGGCCAGCCGAUGGAAUAUGCUUUAUCCACUCGGCCCUCAACUCUUCCGUCUUGUUCUUUCUGUAGCCCCCGAACACAUAAUCAAUCUGCGGGACAGGAAGGGACAAACAGCACUGCAUCAUUUUGCAAAGGAUCGCAACUAUCAGGAAUUACAAGAAAUCCUUAGCACGCCGGGAAUCCAGCCAGACGUGCGAGACUAUUCAGGCCGAACGCCCCUCAUCAACGCUGUGCUGAUACUCAACCCUGACGCUGUUGAGGCCCUGGGCAAACGUCAAGACGUCGACCUUCAGGCGUUGUGGGGGCCAAUUGAAUUCGAGGGAACGGUGCAAUCGGUUUUUGAGCAUCGGUAUCUCCUGUCAACCACAAGCAGGACGGGAUCUUGGCGGACGAGACAAAAAGAUAUUGAGGGUUGGAUGGAGGAAAAUCUCGACUCCUGGCACCCGAAUCUGUUUAGGAUUUAA